UAUCUGAACUGAAGACACCAAACGAAAACAAAGAAAACAGAGACAACACUUUCACUCCAGCUAACACAAAGAAGAAACUCAAACAUGGACAGAACAACCCCAGUCAGGAAGUCCCACGCGUCAACUUCUGAUCUGCUGACGUGGUCCGAAGUUCCUCCACCAUCUGAUUCCGCCGCACCGGUCUCCGCUACCCGUUCGCACCAACCGUCCGAUGGUAUUAGCAAAGUGGUGUUUGGCGGUCAAGUCACCGAUGAAGAAGCUCAGUCACUGAACAAGAAGAAGCCUUGUUCAGGUUAUAAAUUGAAGGAAAUAAAUGGCAGUGGCAUAUUUGCAACCAACGGUGAAAAUGGUGCAUCAGAAUCUGAUUCUGCUAAUCAUAAUAAAACUGGAGUGCGCAUUUAUCAGCAAGCACUGAAUGGAAUCAGCCAGAUCUCAUUCAGUGUUGAAGAGACUGUUUCCCCAAAGAAGCCUACCUCUAUACCCGAGGUAGCAAAGCAGCGUGAGUUAAGUGGGACAUUGCAAUCUGAGGCAGACUUGAAGAAUAAAAAGCAGAUCUCAGAUGCAAAGUUCAAAGAGAUUAGUGGUCAUGAUAUAUUCAGCCCUGCUCCUGAAAUUCAGCCCCGAUCAUUGGCUGCUGCACGUUCCAUGGAAUCCAAAGAAAGUAAAGACAUGGGGGAACCUGCACCUAGGAAUGUGCGCACUUCUGUGAAAGUUUCCAAUCCUGCUGGAGGUCAGAGUAAUAUCCUAUUCAGUGAAGAACCUGAAAUAAAGACCGCCAAGAAAAUACAUAACCAGAAGUUCCACGAAUUGACCGGCAAUGAUAUCUUUAAGGGAGAUGUACCUCCAGGAUCUGCUGAAAAGCCUCUAAGCACUGCUAAGCUGAGAGAGAUGAGCGGCAAUAACAUCUUUGCUGAUGGAAAGGUAGAAUCCAGAGAUUAUUUUGGUGGUGUCCGCAAGCCCCCUGGUGGCGAGAGCAGCAUUUCCUUGGUUUGACUUGCAACCAACUUUGUUGUUUUAUUGCAUUGUUAUAUCAAAUGUCAGUUUCUAUGUAUACCAAUGUGGACACAAUGUUUUGACCAGUGAAUGGCCUGUAAUGUUUGAUGAUGAUCAUCAGCAUAGGACCUCUAUCUGAGUACGUGUAUUGUGGCUUUAGUUCUUAACUUUUAGAUCAGGACCAGAGGGUGGUUGUCUAAUUUAGUUAUUUAACUUUGUUGUCUUUCUGGAUACUGUUUAUGAUGUUUGUUCAGUUUAGACUUCCAUUUUCUUGUAUAAUUUAGACCCCACCAUUAUCGGCUGCUUGAUGAA